CUCUACUGUAACAGCUGCAAAUUGGUUGGGAACAACCAAGCUAGGUUGGCAAGGGUGGCCAACUUGGUUGGAUUGGUUGGGAAGGGACAAAUGUCAAAAUUGGGGUUCCUAUAGGGAGGGAAUCUUUGUGUUUAUGGGGUUUCCUUGGUUGGGGACUCUCUUGGGACCUUCCCUCUCGUCCCUCUCUUUCUAUCCCAACCUUUCUCUUGCUCCUCUAAUUCCUUGUGAGAUUCUUGAACUUUGAUUGAACUCUUGAGAUUGAGUUAAGUUCUCCUCCUACAGCUUACCCCCUAGUGCGUCGAAAGCCAUAGCAUCGCGAAUACUUCAUCAAUCAACAUGAUUCAAAUUGUGAACGAGCGAUAUUAAGGACAUUGAGAGGAGUCUACAGAAGUUUAAAGACCCUUCUAGACCCACCAUGGCCUGUGGGUGUGCCUAAGUGGUGUUCUAAAGGUUGGAUGUGUCUUCCGCUAAGGGGAAACUCUGCCGAAAUUUUGUGGACGCCGACACUUGUGAAAAAUAUCGAGGGAGCUGUGUGUGGACAGCAAAGGGGAGCUGAAAUUCGUCAUUUCUCAAGGAGAAGAUGAAUGAGAGAGGAGGAGAUGCUAAUGGAAGAGGAGCUGUACCUGAGAAGCCAAGUGAGGCGCCGCCAUCAAAAGUUGACGCUUUGGAUGGCUCCAACUAUGAGGAAUGGAGCGGACGGAUGAGGAGUGCCUUCAAACGCUACAAGCUCCUGAAGAUUGCUGUUGGGGAAGAGAAGAUGCCGGAAGAAGGCGAAGCACGCGAACGGUGGAUUGAGAAAAGCGCGGUGCUUUUCGACCUCAUCCUUCAAUCGGUCAACAAGGAGAUGUUCGAGCACAUCAAGGAUCUUGUGGAAGCGGAUGAUUCGGGUCCAAGGGCGUGGAAACUACUACGUGAUGUGAUUCAGCCCAACACUCUCCCAAUGGUGAUCGUGCUCGAGAAGGAACUUGCUGCCAUCUCCAUGCGACCAGGGGAUGAUGUGAAGCCGGUCCUUGACAAGAUCAAGGACACCUAUGCAAGGAUGGCAGCAGCGGGCAGCAGUGUAUCUCAGCUGCAGCAGUGCACCAAGAUCAUCUCGGUGUUGGACAACUCUUGGGACAACCUCAUCCCCACCCUCAACUCUCAGCAAGAUCAAUGGACACCUGAGUGGCUAAGGCAGCAGAUUCUGCAGGAGGACUUCCGUAGACGCCAUGUGGGAGGCGGUGCUACCACGAAGACUGCUGAGGGGUAUGGAGCUGCAGGGCGCGGCAAAGGAAGAGGGGGUUGGAGAGGCCGAGGCCGUGGGAGGAGCUUUGGCAGAGGUAGAGGCCGAGGUGACUAUAAUGAGGGGCAUGGAAGCUCCAGUGGCAGGGGGAGUACCAGAAUGGAGGGCACCUGCUGGUACUGCAAGAAGGUCGGGCAUCCUUGGUUCAAGUGCUUCAGCAGGCCGGAGGGAUGGGCACCUCCAGGCAUGAAGCCGCCCAGUGGUGAACGCGCACAAGGUGGCGCUGUGCAAGGCUCAGGUGCACAAGGUGAAGGUGCACAAGGUAAUGCCUAUCCUGGUUUGUUUCUUAUGGUUGAGAAUGUGCAUGGGCAUGAGGGUGAUGUGGGAUCUGUGGGAAAGGUUGUGAUGCACCCUCUCACGCACUGGGUGAUUGAUUCGGGUUGCACCAGUCACAUGACCCCACGGGCAGAUUUGCUUGAUGAGGUAAAACCCCCUGGGAAGAUCAAGUAUGUGGCAGCAGCGUCAGGUGCUUUGCUCCCUGUCAUUGGUGUUGGAAAUGCCAAGGUUAAGGGAGCUAAUGGGGAGCUUGUGGGGCUUGGGAAUGUUCUGCUGGUUGAAGGCUUGUCUGCUAACCUUCUCUCUGUGCGACGACUGCAGAAGAGCAAGGCCGAAGUGACCUUUGGACCAACCAGCUGCCGUGCUAAGCUUGGGAAGAAGGUGCUGUGGAGUCUGGAAGAGGAGACCAGCUGCAUCAAGGACCUGUGGCAGCUGCCCAUCAUCCCAUGGAAUGGGAAGACUCCAACAGCAGCAACGGCAGCAGCGGCAAAGGCAACAGCAGGAGGAGAUGCAACUGCACCAACUGAUGGGGUCCUGGAAGCAGUCAAGAAAGUGCAGCAGCAGCAGACACAUGGUGAGGUGCUUGCUGGUGUGGAUGCGAGUGCGGCAUGGGCUAAGGCUUCAUCAAAGAGUGGAGAGGCCGAUUGGGAGACAUGGCAUGAGAGGCUGUGUCACGUGAACUUCCCUAUGCUGCAGAAGUUGGUGAAGGAUGGGAGCCUGAAGGGCUUGGAGGUGAAAGGGGGAGUGAAGGAGAUUGGGAGCUGCCCUACAUGCUUGGAGACCAAGUUCUCCAAGUUCCCCUUCAACAGCACUACAGGACCAGCCAAGACCCCACUUGCACUUGUGCACAUGGAUGUGGUGGGGCCCACAAGAGCCCCUUCCCUCUCAGGCAGCAGCUAUUUCUUGACAAUAGUGGAUGACCACACUCGGGCAGUGUGGGUUUACCCUUUAAAGAGCAAGGGGGAGGUGGCAGCGGCUGUCCUUAAGGAGUGGAUGCCGAGAGCUCAGAGGGAAUGCGGACACAAGGUGAAGGUGAUCCGUAGUGACAAUGGUGGGGAGUUCAUUGGAGCUGAUUUUGAGGGGGAGUUGAAGAGGAAGGGGAUCCAGCAUCAACUGACAGUGCCCUACAACCCACAGCAGAAUGGCGUGGCUGAGAGGUUCAACAGGACCCUGCAGGAGGGGGCACGCACUAUCCUUGGGCGUACAGGGCUGCCUGAUCCGUUUUGGGUGUCUGCACUGAGGCAGGUCGCCCUUGUGAAGAACAGGGUGCUGGCUACAGUUGGAGAUAAGGAGUGGAUCCCAUAUAUCAAGUGGUAUGGGAGUGCUCCAGCUGUGAACAUGCUGAGGGCAUUUGGGUGCAUGGUGGUGUUUCAUGUGCCUAAGGAGAAAAGGGGGAAGUUGGAGGCUUCUGGAAGAUGGGGUGUGCACUUGGGGAUUGCAAAGGAUCACAAGGGGUGGCUGCUAUGGGACUUGACCACCCAGAAGUUGACAGUGUCAAGGGAUGUGAAGUUUCUUGAGUCCAUGUACUACAAGGAAUGGAAGCAGCAGCAACAGAAGCUUCCAUCUACACCGCUCAUUGUGGAGGCAGAUGAGGUGCAGCAGCCUUCAAGACAGGUGGAGGUUGCAGUGUCAGAGGAGGAGAUGUCUGGGGUGACUGAGGAAGGGGGAGCAGCUGAAGUAGAGCUGCAGCAGUAGCAGCAGCAGCAGCAGCAUGAGUCUCCACCUCGAGU